GAGCAUCUUCAUUCUUCUUCUUCUUCUUCCUCUUCCUCUGCGCACACUUGCAUCUUUACUUAUCCUAAAAUCAGCAAUUUCUGAUUCAGGCACACACACACACACCUGUAAUCAUAUACGAAAAUGAGAUCAGUAACAAUAAGGCUGUUUACGUCAGUUACAUCUUCUUCUCCUGUGUAUUAUAUGAACUAUGCCCUCAUUUCUGCACUCGUUGCUUUCGCUCUUGCUCAAUCCAUCAAGGUCUUCAUCACCUGGUAUAGGGAACACCGAUGGGACCCUAAGCGGCUUAUAGGAUCUGGUGGCAUGCCUUCAUCACAUUCUGCAACGGUAACUGCUCUUGCGGUUGCUGUUGGUUUACACGAUGGCCUUGGUGGUUCAAGCUUUGCAACUGCCCUCAUUUUAGCUAUUAUAGUGAUGUAUGAUGCGACUGGUGUAAGAUUGCACGCUGGGCGCCAAGCAGAGGUUCUGAAUCAAAUCGUGUAUGAACUUCCUGCCGAACAUCCCUUAGCUGAAAGAAUGCCAUUGCAUGAACUUCUUGGUCACACCCCUCCUCAGGUAAUUGCUGGUGGGUUAUUGGGGAUGAUGACAUCAACAAUUAUUUACUUGAUCUCACAUUCGAGUAAUAACGCUUGAAUUCAUUCUGCAUCAAGGAUGAAUGUUUGAAAUUUUUUAAUCUGAAUGUGAAGAUGGUCCUGGUUGUUUGAAUUUAAAAGGCAUCAUGUAAUUCCUAGUUAUGUGUAGAAUGCAUUUUUUUUUUAUUUACUUAAUUGUUAAUUGUAGAUAUGGUUGUAAAAAAAAACCCUAAUGCUUUUGUAUUAAAUGUUAUAUAUAGUUUGUUUUAUUCAAAAAAGUAUAAAAGAGUUUAUUGUUUCAGGUAGUUAA